GUCGCGCGCCGUUUCAUGGAAAUGUUUUUAAGUUGUUUUGUGCACACGGAAAAAGGUAGAGAGAACAAUAUUUGUUUAAACAAAUUGUUUACAUAUUUAUGCUCAGAGACAGACUAUAUCCAAAACACCAACGUGAAACAUAAUUUGACUGCAGCGUUUUUGUCACUUGAUAGAGUGAAGAAGUACACUUAAGAUUCCACCAAUGUCGUCUGCAUUUAAAGCAAUGCGUUUACAUUUAACCUGCCCAUUGCCGAAACAAGUCAUUAAUAUACCCCAAACACUCUUUAGUUAUUUAAUAACAAAUCAACGUGCUAUCAAUAACAGCUGCAAACCGGUGAAAACAAGCAACGCAAAGAAACCAAAACUUCCAACUACCAAACUCUCUUGGGAAGAAAGACUGUCAGACACUGUGACUCCUCUGUGGAGAAUGACUUAUGAGGAUCAGCUUCAAUGGAAAUACGAGCAUCAGAAGAAGAUCCUACUUAAGAUGAUGAAGGAACUGUCUCAGGAUCCAACACGUGCUUUUUCAGACCACUUAAACUUCCCUUUGCUUCCCAUUGUAGCUUCACCGGUGAGAGAUGGAUACCGCAACAAAUCCACCUUCUCUGUCAACAAAGGAAUCGAUGGGAAUCCGAAAACUCUCGGAUUCUACAUUGGCACAGGAAAAGCGGGUAACAUUGUAUGCGUCCAUGCUGAUCAUCUCCUGAGCAUCCCUUCAAAACACAAAAUGGUUGCAAGGUGCUAUGAAGAUUUUAUACGCCUCUCACCGCUCAGGCCGUGCAUCUUAUUUGACGACGGCGGUCACUGGAGAGAAAUCACAAUAAGAACCAACUCCACCGGCCACACCAUGGCUAUAGUGUACUUUCAUCCUCAAUCUCUGACGCCUGAGGAGACAGACAUCCAUAAAGCUGCUCUGGUGGAGUAUUUUACACAAGGUCCCGGAGCAAUUUGCCAGCUGGACUCCCUUUACUUUCAGGAGACCACAAUGACCCGUUGCAGUCAUGAACAAUCCCAGUAUCAGCUUCUAUAUGGACAGACUCAUAUAUAUGAGGAGGUGCUCGGAUUUAAGUUUCGUAUUUCUCCUGAUUCUUUCUUCCAGGUGAAUCGGGAAGCAGCGGAGGCUUUGUAUAAGACUGUGGCAGAGCUCAGUCAGCCUUGUGUUGGUGGCACCCUGCUGGAUGUCUGUUGUGGCACUGGAGCCAUCGGAAUUUCGUUAUCACCACAGAUGGAGAGAGUCAUUGGGAUAGAGCUCAUUGAGCAAGCAGUGGAGGAUGCCAAGUUUAAUGCAGCACUAAACAGAGUUUGUAAUUGUGAAUUUCUUGCAGGCAAAGCGGAAGUUGUUUUGCCAGAUCUGAUGGGAAGUUUGAGUUCUGAUGGAGGCCUGACAGCCGUUGUCAAUCCCUCCAGGGCUGGUUUGCAUUAUCGGGUGGUCCGAGCUUUGAGGAACCACUCAGCCAUAAGAAGGCUUGUUUAUAUUUCAUGUAAACCAGACGGGGAGGCGAUGAGGAACUUUAGAGAGCUCUGCUGUAGUGUAGGUUUGGUUAGAAGAAUCACUGGAGAAGCCUUCAAACCAGUCGUGGCUGUGCCUGUAGACCUGUUUCCACACACUCCUCACUGUGAACUGGUGCUUGUGUUUGAGCGAUAAAUGGAUAGUGUUUUUGUAAAAGUGUUUGUGUACAUAUUUAUGUCAUUAAAUGUCAAUGCUAAAUUGUCACUGCA